CAAUAGAUUCCGACGAAAAAAGGGUUCUAGACAAGAAAAAUCUGGGAUCAAGCCAGCCAGGUGGUGGGAGGAAAGGAGAAGAGGAAUAACUAGGGGAAACGAAAUCACACCAACCCAAAGUUCUGGCUUAAGGCUGCGGUGUGUGUGUGUGUGUGUGUUGAUUAUGGCGGCGGCAGUUUUUCUGCCAUACCCUGCUUCGUUCGCGGACGUCAUCGGUCUUGUUUUGGGCGUUCCGGAAACUCGAACUCAACGGACUAGGAAGAAGAAUGGUCUUUUCCCCACACACCCUGCUGGGGCGCCACCUACGGCUUUUGCUGCCUCGCUACUCACUCACUCACUCACCAUCUCAUUCUUGUUCUUGCUUUCUCUUUUCUCCCCCUCUCUCCAACUUUGGUGCGCUCGAUAUCUUAACUUAGAUAUUCCUCUCUGCGCCCGCAGGACCUGGUCUUCUUCUUUCUCCAGACAUCAUUUCCUCCCUCUCACUCUUACUCCUCCUCCAUUUCUCUCUCCCCCUCACUCUCGCUCUCCCCCCCUUCACAUCCUCGCUACCUUAUCCACCGCCCCCGAGAAUCUCCGUUCCAAAAUACAAACCCUCAUAUUUCCUCCCUUUCUGCAUUGAACUGAACCUGGUGUGCCAUCCAUCCUUGAUUCAAAAUGGCGGAAUUCGUGCGUGCCCAGAUUUUUGGCACCACUUUUGAGAUCACCAGCCGGUACACCGACUUGCAGCCGGUGGGAAUGGGCGCUUUCGGUCUUGUCUGGUAUGGCUAUU